UCUGGCCAACCUCUGCGCAGGACAUUGCUGAGGAUGAUGGCCAGACCACACUGCGUGGUAGUGGUCCUACUGCUGCUGGCAGUGGUCUCUGGGCUUAAAGAAGGGGCAUCUAAUCCUGGGUUCGUGGCCAGAAUCACCAGAAAAGGCCUGGAAUAUGCCCGCCAAUACGGAGUAGCCAUCCUGAAGAAGGAGCUAUCCACAAUUGAGUUGCCUGAUUUCUCAGGAAGCUUCGAAGUCAGUUGGAUUAAAAUCAUGAGCUAUGAGUUUUACAGACUGAAGAUACAUGACUUCGAGCUCAGGAACUCAGAUUUGAGGCUAUGCCCAAGGCAGGGGGUCAGAGCCUCCCUGUCCAAUAACUACGUGACUGUUAGUGGAAACUGGAAGAUAAAAAAGGCUUUCUUCUCCUUCAAAGGUACUUUCUAUAUGAAAGUGGAUGACAUUUGCAUCUCAGCCUUUCUGAACCUGGGCAAGGACCAGUCUGGACGGCUCACUGCCUCCAUGGCCCACUGCAACAACUCCAUUGGCCACAUCAGCAUUGACAUUUCCGGAAAACUAAGCUGGAUCCUGAACCUCUUCCAUGAGAGAAUCGAAAAUAAAUUCAAAAAUAUCUUGGAACAAAAGAUCUGCGAAAUGGUCGAGAAGGCAACAACCUCUCGCCUGGAGCCCUAUCUCCAGACUCUGCCAGUUAUCUCAAUGAUUGACCAGGUUGCCAGCAUUGACUACAGUUUAAUAGGAGCUCCUCAAGUGACUUCUCAAGUCCUAGACACACCCUUCAAGGGUGAAUUCUUUGGCCAAAACGGGCACUCCCGAGCCCCCUUCGAUGCUCCGCCCAUCAGGCUGCCAGAGAAACAUGACUACAUGGUCUACUUUGCUAUCUCUGAAUAUGUCUUCAACACAGCCAGUUGGGUCUACCACCAGGCUGGAUACAUGAACUUCACCAUUCAAAACCAGCACAUGCAGAACCUAACAAAGCUUGCCAGCAAGCCAUCAGCUGAAAAAUGGCGGGAGCAGUAUUUGGGCUCGACCUGUCUGACCUCAAACUCCGCACUUCUAACCACAUCCUGCAUCUCAAGUAGCCUCCUGCUUCUACUGCAGAUUUCCCCAGACUCUCCAAUCUACCUGCACACCAGCUCAUUCCCAGCCCUUGUUCCUCAGCUGGCCAGGAUGUACCCCAAUAUGGAGCUAGAGCUUGAGAUGUCACCUGAGUCAGCUCCAUUACUGAUGUUCACCCCUGGAAAUGUGACCCUCAUGCCAGUAAUAGAUGUCCAGGCCUUCGCUCUCAAGCCCAACUCCUCUGACCGCAAGCCACUCUUCCAACUCAGGGUGACAACAAGCAUCUCUGCCACCAUCAAUGUGAGCUCUGACAGGAUUGUUGGUUCAGUGACCCCAGGAAGUAAGCUGAAGUUGGAACUGAAACACUCCAACAUCAAUUUCAUCGACGUGGAGCUGAUGGAAGUCAUCCUCAAUUACUAUGCGCUCCACACCAUAUACCCCUCCCUCAAUGCAAAGCUUGAGGAGGGCUUUCCUCUCCCUCUGCCAGUGGAUACCUACCUCAACAGUUCGGAGCUCCAAGUCCACGAGAACUUCUUGCUCCUUGUGGCCAACCUUGAUUACUGAACGCUGAGGAAGAGGCAGCCAUGGCUGGAGGCAUGGACGACACCACAGCCGGGCCUGCCCCUGCCCCUGCCCCUGUCCCUUUGGGGGUCCAGAGGCUGCAGGCCACCCUGCCUUCACUCCCAUUAGGGCCUCUUCCACGUGGACGCUACUCAAUGGGGAGCCCGGGCCACCUGAAGACACGCCUGACCAUGGGACCCCUUCCCCACCUUUCUCUCCUCCUUCCCGUGCCCCCUCCUGUCCCCUUUGCAGCUGUCCUUAGCCCGACUCAGGCCAGCUCCACCCUAGCUUCCUGCCUGCCUGCACUGGAAUAAACUUCAGUGAAGGGGAAACCAUGAGCAGUGUCCAGUCCCCACAGAGCUCAAGGCACCCUGCUCAACAUCGAACACGAACUUAGUUGUAUGUGUCCUUCCAUGUCCUGGUUACGGGAGCCAGAGUCAGACAGGGUGGGCUCAAAGCCUGGUGUCGCCACUUCCUUGGUGUGUAGUGUUCAUUGAGAUGGGAGCAGAGACCAUG